GUAUGUAACCAGAGUUUUCUCUGACUGGAUGGUGCAUGAAGUAAUGCUGGACUGCACACUGCCGGUCAGUUUUCUUAAUGAACGCUACUGCUUUGUAUUUUUCCCUCUGCUUACAAAGACAGAUGUGGCUAUUUAGAAAUAUUAUUUGGCUGCAAAAUACAUGGUCACUAAAGGACACCAAAAGGAGCACGAAAGGUUACAAAUGUCUGGAAAUUGUCGACUGUGACAUUUUACUCUGUCGUGAAAGAUGGCUGACUGACAGACCCGCAAACCAGGUUCUGUCUGCAUGUGCACGGUUAAAAAUAACCACUACUAUAUUGCCAACUUAGUAAAUUUUGUUGCUAUAUUUAGCAACUUUUCAGACAAAAAACUGGUACCAGCCAAAAUCAGAAUUGGCAUAUCGGGCUUAUUAAUAGGGGUGCACUGAUAUUAAAAUUUGAGGCAACAUCAAUGUCUUGUAUUAAUAUUGCUGUUAUGGCUAAUAACCGAUAUUCACCAAUGUUGCAUUUUAUUACUCAUUUGACACCUUGGAAAAAAACGACCACAGUUGUGUGCUGAAUCACUGUCUCUGUCACAUGACCAAUAUCCUUCCUUCCCCCUCGAGAAACAAACAACAACUAUAUUGGUUGCUAAUAUUGGCUCAGGCCAGUUUUAUUGUCGGACAAAUACAUGUUUGUUACAAAAAUGACUAAUAAUAACCCAAUACUGAUGGUAGGUCUGAUAUAUUAUCAAUCUUUACUUUCUAAAGAUUGAUAAUUAGCCAGAAAACUGCAAUCAGUGCCCCCCUGGUUAUCAAACGAUGAUAGUCCCAUAACUGACCAGGCAGGAUAUCCACAUGAACCAUGAUGUGAGGUACGUUGGAUCAACAAGCCUUCUGUGGAACUAGUGUAUUGUCAUCCCACAGAUCAGUAAUCAGUAUGAUUUGAUGCUUUCUGGAGGAUAUAAACAUCAUGUACUUUGAUACAAAUAUGAACAAGACUAUUCAGCCUCUUCUCACCAGCAGAUCCUAAGGUCAGGCUCUGAGAUGAUAUGGGGCAAAGCUCCUUUCCACAUCUAUGAUCACAUCAGCAGAAGUUGUAGAACAUCUUGGCAACUUGAAGACUACAACUCCAGUGAAAGCAGACCACAUUUCAAAAUGUAAAACCUUUGUCAUAAUGCUUGAAAUGUGGUGGAACCUGAAAUGCAGACUCCCCGUACCCAAGCUGGAGGACACCAUCAGGAGGUAUUUAGCUGCCCAGAAACCUUUGCUGGAUGAUGGCCAGUUCACAACAACAGAGAAAGUUGCUCAAGAUUUCCAGAACGGAGUGGGAAAACAGCUCCACGAGGAACUGGUGGCUCAGGACAAGGCCAAUAAGCACACGAGCUACAUCUCAGGUCCCUGGUUCGACAUGUAUCUGUCUGCACGCGACUCUGUGGUGCUGAACUUCAACCCCUUCAUGUCCUUCAAUCCCGAUCCCAAGACGGGGUACAACGAGCAGCUGGUGCGGUCAACUAACAUGGUGUGCUCGGCCGUGCGCUUUAUGAAGACGCUGCGAGCGGGUCUACUGGAGCCGGAGGUUUUCCACCUCAACCCGGCCAAGAGUGACACGGACAGCUUCAAAAACUUCAUCCGCUGGGUUCCGUCUUCCCUGUCCUGGUACGGAGCCUACAUGGUGAACGCCUACCCUCUAGACAUGUCUCAGUACUUCCGCCUCUUCAACUCAACGCGCAUCCCAAAACGCGGUCGGGACGAGCUCCUCACUGAUGACAAGGGCAGACAUCUGCUAGUCAUGCGAAAAGGCAACAUGUAUGUAUUCGACGUUGUGGACAGAGACGGGAAUUUGGUGAAGCCAGCUGAGAUCCAUUCCCACUUGAAGUACAUUUUGUCUGACUCGACACCGGCGCCCUCCUUGCCUCUGGGAAUCCUAACCAGUGAGAACAGGGAUGUCUGGGCGGGGCUAAGGGAGAAGCUGGUAGCUACUGGAAACGCAGAGGCGUUGGGGCUAGUCGACAGCGCCCUCUUCUGUCUCUGCCUGGAUGAAGAGAGCAUGCGGGACCACAUUCACAUAUCCCACAACAUGCUGCACGGCGACGGCUGCAACCGCUGGUAUGACAAGUCCUUCAGCAUCAUCAUAGCCAAGGACGGUCAGGCAGCUAUUAACUUCGAGCACUCUUGGGGCGACGGUGUAGCCGUUCUCCGCUUUCAGAACGAGGUGUUCAAAGACACGACUGAAAAGCCGCUGGUGCACCCAGACUCUGCCCCGGCAGCCGUGGACUCAGCCUCCGCUGUCCGCAGAUUGCAGUUCCACUUGGACAGAGAGCUGGAGAGCGGUAUCAAGAAAGCCAAAGAGAACUUUGACUCGGCCGUAUCGAAGCUUGUCAUUGCCGCCAUUGAGUUCAAGAAAGGCGGGAAGGAGCAGCUGAAGAAGAGCAAGCUGAGUCCAGAUGCCGUAGCCCAGCUGUCUUUUCAGAUGGCCUUCCUGAGGCAGUACGGCCAGACGGUGGCCACAUACGAGUCCUGCAGCACUGCAGCAUUUAAGCACGGCCGCACAGAGACCAUCCGACCGGCCACCGUCCACACCAAACGCUGCUCACACGCUUUUGUUCGUGAGCCCGGCAAGCACAGCGUGGACGAGCUGCGGGCGAUGCUCAACGAAUGCUCCAAAUACCACGGCCAGCUCACCAAGGAGGCAGCUAUGGGUCAAGGGUUUGACCGCCACCUGUUUGCUCUGCGUUACCUUGCCAACUCUAAGGGUCAAUCUCUGCCCAGCCUGUACACCGACCCAGCCUACAGCGCCUUAAACCACAACAUCCUGUCCACCAGCACGCUCACCAGCCCCGCCGUCAGCCUCGGGGGCUUCGCUCCGGUGGUGCCCGACGGGUUCGGCGUCGGUUACGGUGUCCACGACGACUGGAUCGGCUGCAACGUGUCCGCCUAUCCUGCUCGCAACGUCCACGAGUUUCUGCAGUGCGUCCACAAGUCUUUGGAGGACAUCUUCAGUGUUGUGGAAGGGAAACCUUUGAGUUAAAAGAUGACAGUGUGCCUGAUCACCACAAAUAAUUGUUUGUCUUUUAGCGCAGCUAAUUCCAUCAAUUAAUAUUCGAGGAAAGAUUUACUUGCAUUUAGGAGGGAAAUGAAGAAAUAAAAUUAAAACUGCUGACAUGUUGGGAAGGAUCUACAGAGCAACAGGCAGCUGCAGAGUCGUCCUCUGGAAGAAGCUGUGCCUUACAGAAAUGUGAACAGAAAACAGAAACUAUUUACUGUAAUUCACUUGAUUUAACUGUCUUUGUUUCAUAAUACAGCUUUAUUGUGAUUGUCUUUUGGAAUAAAAUUUAAAUAUCUUGGA